GUCGUAGUUUGAUUUCAGAAAAGCAUCUGAGAUGUCAGCUAAUAAUGGGUCCUACAAUUCGGAUGAGUUGGAUACUCCCGAAUGGCUAGGUCCGCAGUUCAUGAAAGAAGUCCUGGAUCAACAUCUCAAGCUCCCGGAUCUCAAAAUAAUUGAUGCCAAGUUCACUCCGGCCAGUGCGAAAGGAGAUCAUUAUGCCAGUGUGAUGUUCCGAGCUGUUGUUAAAUAUGAAACGGCGGGGAGUACAGGUUCUUCCACAAUCUCGCUUAUCAUCAAGACAAUGCCGGAAGCAGAUGGUUUAAAAAAAGAUAUGCUAAGCGAAUCGCACAUUUUUAAGACGGAGAUCGCAAUGUACACUGAGGUGCUGCCCAAGUUUGAGAGGAUUUUACGCGAGGCUGGAGAUGACAUCACAUUUUGUACCCCUUGCAUCUACCAUAGAUUAAAGCCCCGCCAGAUUAUGAUCUUUGAGGAUUUGUUGCCUAAGGGAUACUCUGUUUUACGAAGAGAUGCUAACAUUGAGGAGCUCCAGGUAGCAUUGUCAAAGCUGGCCAAAUGGCACGCCGUCAGCUUCAAACUGCUCAAGGAGAACCCAGAGCAAUUUGAUCAUUUGAAAUAUGACUUGACAACAAUACCAAACAUGAUGGAACAGGACUUCAUGACCAAAUCCUUGGAUCACUUUAUAGACAUGCUGGGCGAUGAAGAAAGCUUAAAACCCUAUCAAAAAUACUUCGAGCCGAUGCGCGGAAAGCUAAACCAACGUUAUGUGAGUGCUGUGAGAGAAUAUCGUGAAAAUCGCCAAUCUGAUACGUACUAUGUUGUUUGCCAUGGAGACUUCCACCUGCGUAACCUGAUGUUUAAGGGACUCGAUUGUAUGCUAUUGGAUUUCCAGAUGUCCCAUGUGGGAUCUAUGAUAUAUGAUAUCACAUACGCCGUUUACAUGCUUUUUGACGGCGAGGUGCAACGAAAUAAAAAGGAUGAGCUCAUCUACUACUACUUCCAAACCUUUUUGAAAACCUUACAAAAAAUUGGCUAUAUGGAUAAGUUGCCCAGCUUGAUAGAGUUCCGUCGGCAAAUGUUCAAGAACCGUUCUUUGGACUUUCUCAUGCUGACUGCCUUUCAACCUAUAAUUAUGCAUAUGCGCCAAGGCGGCGAUGCAGGAGAAAUCGUAGAGGAUGAACAAUUGACUAUUCAGAUAUACCGCCAAAAGGAAUACAUAGAUAAUCUGAAGAUUCUACUGCCUCGAAUGUUGCAUUUGGGAUACUUUGAGUCACUUGACAUGUGAAUGUAAGGCAUUAAUAUACAUACAUAUGUA